UUUUAUAAAAAACCUUUCAGAAUAAUGGUGAAACGAAAACUAGAGAUCGAUGUUGAGAAUGUUUUCUCCCACUUGAGUAAACGCCUGGCCGGGCCCCGGGACGACUAUUUCGUCGGCCAGGAGGAGAACUUGUCCUUUCUACUGGAUCUAGUCGUCAGAACGGUUGAUAAGGGAGAGGGUAACUCUAUCCUGGUUCUGGGUCCUCAUGGUGUUGGGAAAACUGCUCUUAUUCGGAAAGUAAUGUCUGUUGCUGCUGAAUCCAAGAGCUGGUCUGAGAACGUGGUUGUGGUUCAGCUCAAUGGGUUUCUCCAGACUGAUGAUAAAGUAUCCUUGAAAGAAAUCACUCGACAGCUUCAUCUUGAAAACGUGGUUGGGGACAGGGUCUUUGGAUCCUUCUCCGAUCAUCUCUCCUUCCUUCUGUCUAGUCUCAAGACCGGAGAUAAAACUAGUAAACCAAUUAUUUUUGUCUUGGAAGAAUUCGAUUUAUUCUGCGCUCAUCGGAACCAAACCCUACUCUACAAUCUAUUUGAUACUGCACAGAGUAGAGCUGUUCCCAUCUGCGUUAUAGGAGUCUCCUGUCAGAUAGACGUUACGGAACUCAUGGAGAAACGAGUCAAGUCUAGAUUCUCUCACAGACACCUCAAUCUUAUGCAUUUCUUGGAGUUUGAUCAGUACUACAAGGUUCUCUCGGAGAUGUUAAGGUUGGAUGGAUCCAGUGAAACCUCUGCAUGGAACAGUAUGGUUGAAUCCAGUCUCCAGAAGAAAGAAGUGAAACGAUUCUUCGAAGAGCAGGUUUUCUCUAAUGAUAAAUCCAUAUCUCACAUGAAGCGUCUGCUCUACCUCAGCUUGGUAGAUCUCGUAAGCAAAGGGGAGACUGAGCUAAGCUUGGAAACAUUUAAGAAUGCAAACCAUGAUAACUGCUCCACCAUAGAUAGUGAUCCUAUUGAACUGACGAUUAAAGAUUUAUCGAUAGUAGAAAUCUGUAUUCUAAUUGCUGUGAAACACAUUUGUGAUAUAUACGACAACGAACCUUUUAACUUUGAGAUGAUUUAUCAUGAAUUCAUUAAGUUUAAAAACAGAAAGUUUUCAACUCUUCCUGCUGAGAGGAGUGUUCUAUUUAAAUGUUGGGAGAAUCUUCUCUCUCUGGAGUUUAUCCUUCCUAGAUCUGGAGACAGGACCCGGGGACAACAGUUGGAGUACGUUCUCAAUACGUUUCAUCUCCCUCAGACUGUUCUCAAGAGAUCUAUUGAGAAGUAUCCAAUGUGUCCCACUGAGGUUCUACAGUGGUUAAACAGCAGUAUGCAUACCAGUGGAAUCUAAUUACCAGUACCUGAAUAUUACGGAAUUAUCUAUGUCUACGUGAAUGAUAAACCGAGAAUGCCCUAGACGAUUCACAAGUUUUCUUUGUUAACUAUUUGCGGCUUAUUUCAGGAAUUCCUCAGUACAAAUGUUCAAAAUAUUUCAUUGUGAAUUGUUUAUGAUACUCAUUUUACAAGUCGCCUAAAGUAUUCCUUCAAAAUAUGUAUAUUUCAGA